AAUGUCCCUUUGUACUAAGAAACAUCCUUCUUGUGUUGCGUUCUAUGCAUAUCUUCUGGCACCGUUAAGUAUAAUGGUCAGUAUUUCAGGGAGACCUAUAUUCCGGUGUAUCAGGCCACAACCAUCCAAAUUUGACAUCGAUGGUGCGCCGAGCCUACGGAGGUCAUCACUGUGAUGAACGCAUGCGUCUCUUGAUCCCAUAGGGCCUAGAUAUCUGCACUCUAUCGGCUCAUGAGAACAUCUGUCUUACGUGGAAGAUCACAGAUGUCAAAUGGUCUUUAGAUGAUCACAGAUAGAUCACAUAUAAGUGAGCUAUCAGUCGUAUGAACUCGACGUCAAAUCCCCGACCCACACGCAUCUGCUCAUUCCUAUCAUGUCGAGUACGGACCAAACCAUGUUUGCAUACCGAUUCAACACCAAGACGCAGAAUCUUUCGCGGGAGGAAAUACCUAUACCUAAACCGCGCUCAGAUGAGGUUCUUGUCAAGGUCACCGCGUCGGGAGUAUGCCACUCAGACGUCUCGGCGUUGUAUCACCCAGAAACUGUCCAAUUGCAAGUACACACCGGUGGAGAUACCUUGACGAUGGGGCAUGAAGCUGCCGGGACUAUUACAGAGUUGGGAAGUGAGGUGGAAGAGAAGUAUCCUGAAUUAGCAGUGGGCACUCAAAUCGCCAUGCUGGGUCCAAAUCCUUGUAAUGAAGAUUCGUGCGAGAUGUGCCUCGCAAACAAGGGUAACCUAUGCGGAGCAAGGGGAUGGUAUGGUCUGAGCAUUGACGGAGCAUGGGCAGGCUACGUUGCCUUACGAGCGUCGUCCGUAGUCCCCAUCCCACCAAACACGCAAAUCCUUCCCGAGGUAGUAGCAGUCGCUACUGAUGCCGCUCUUACAACAUAUCACGCCCUGAAGACCAUUGGCAAUGUCCAAGCAGGACAGACGGUUGUGAUCUUGGGAUGUGGAGGGUUGGGACAGAACGCCGUCCAGAUCGCAAAGCAUUGCUUGGGCGCUGGCUGCGUUAUCGCAUGCGAUCUGCGUGAACAGAGCCUGGAAGUGGCCAAGGAGGGGGGAGCCGAUCAUACAACCUAUCCUAACAACAUCGAAAACCUUGUACGACGCCUCAAUCUUUCUGUCGAUAUCGUCCUUGAUUGCGUUGGUAUACCGAGCACUACUGAAACGGCGGCCAACAUUGUCAAACGAGGUGGAAGGAUUGUUUCGGUUGGUGUCGGAGCCAAAACCCUCCAGGUGCCUUUAGUCAUUGCAAUAGGGAAGGAGAUCCAGAUACUGCCGUGCGUAUGGGGAACGAAAUCAGAACUAGCGGAAGUAUUAGAAGCCAUCGCACAAGGCAAGAUUAAACCGCAAUUGGAGACUAGACCGUUCGAGGAUUGUUUCAAGGUUCUGGAAGAACUGCGGGAUGGUAAACUCAAGUCUCGUGUAGUAUUAAUACCGUGAAUGAGCGUUUAUGAACCGUCUUGAUAACGCUAUUGUACAUGUACUUACAGUAUGUAUGCACCUCAUCUUCUCUGAAGCCCC